AUGGAGAAGCCGCCUCUGUCGCCCAACUCCCAGCAGGCCCUGACGUGUAAUGUGUCCAUUCCUUCUCAAGGGUCGGUCCCCGUCCAGGUGGACUUUCAACAUCUGUCAGGGCAGUCUUUCAACAGCCAGAAACACGACCUGUUUGAGAGGUCUAUGGUGCACCCCAGAGCCUGUGUGCCAUCGCAGAUCUCUAGAGACGUUCCGGCGAUCGUCUUACGCACACCAGAGUUCAGCACCAGGACAAUCUCAGGCGUCUCUGAGAAUUCUUUUAGGAGUCAGAAGUACGACCUGUUCGAGAGGUCCAUGGUGCCUCCCAAAGUAGAGCUGCCUUCUUUCAUCUCUGAGGACGUCCCGGCGGUUGUCCUGAAAACCCCAGAGGGCAUGAGAAGAAUCAGUGACAGAGACUUGUCCGAGGGCCAGUCCAUGACUCUAGGCCUGAUAGAGGCUUUGAUGAUUGAGACGUUCAGGGGAAAGGCAGCUCUGCGUCCGUGGGACAAAAAAUACAAAGUGAUUCGCGACCGUUUGACAGAAAAGGCCUGGGAGGAGAUCCAGCUUUCUGAACACCAGGCAAAGAAAACGGAGAAGAGAAUGAGUAAAAUCAUUGACGCGAUUUUGAAAGACCUCAAAUCGCAGUACGGUACGGCACAGAGAAUGUUGGAAAGUGCUUUGGACGGAAAAGACCGGACUUUUGACAAGACGGUUCUGAAGUCCCUGCAGUACCACCUCGAGCACAACCUGCGGAAGCAGUCUUUUCUGAGCCGCGUGUUCAGAGGUCUCUGUAAGCCUUUCAUAUGCUGCUGCUGCCCCACCAUCGAAGAGUAA